AUGGCCUGCAGCGGCUCGAUUCAUUUGCAGUUCCAAUUUUCUGACGGCUCGUUGUGCCACCCUUUCUUGUUACCUAAUCCUGAGUCCUUAUUAGAUGCAUUAGCGAUUACUUAUGCCCAAAAUAUUGUGAAACUUGGACCCCAUAACAACCUUGAUGCGAAAGCCGCUACUUCUAUGACACUUGUAGACAUACCAAGCCUAAGCGACUUCUCUUCUUUUGGGCUUGGGCUCAGUGGCAUCAUUAUGAUUGUUUUCGCUUUGUUGAACCAGUUUAACGAGAACAUCAAGGUCGUUCACGUUGGCUAAUCCAUUGGACGCUACGCUGCUAAUUGUUGUAGAACAGAGUAACUAGUAGGCUUUUGAGGUUAGCUUUGCAUUUGAGUUCUCAACUUUGAAUAAACAUAGGAUAGUCGAUCAAAAGGAAAGUAUUUUGCAUUUUUCACGGUUGUAAAAUACUUUGGAG